GACUCGUGCAAAGCUUUGACUAUCUACCAUCAUGAAGGGUGGAUUUAAAUCUAGUGGACCUGGGCCGUCCCGUCGUUAUUGUCUAGUGAAAUGGCUCUCGGGGAGGGACGUUGGGACCCUCACCCACAACUUGGAUCUUGACUGGGUCAAGGACUUUGAGGAAUCUGACGACUAUCGCGUCGAGUCGCAUGUGAUUGAGUGGAGAGUCCCUCCGAUGCCCAAGUCGGGUUGGCCACUGUUUGACGGGGAGAUACUUGAAAUCAGUGACGACUUGGAUUUCUUGAAGCUCAGAAUGGAGCAGGAGGAAACUGCCCUUCAGCUUGGAAGAAAGGAGAAGGAGAAGGAGAAGCAGAAGGGAAAGGAGAACAGCAAUACUCCUCCUGCAUCCACUCCAAGAGGCAGACCACUGCAAGAAAUGAACAGCAGGAGCGACGGCAUUGGUAUUGAAGACGUGCAGAAACUGAUUUGUUCCUUAAUCUCUGGUGCUAAGAAGACAUCUACCCCUUCCGAAUCUCUAGUUGAAGAGACUCUGGUGAAAGUGGGAGAAGUCUUACAAAUCAAGAAGAGCGCACUCAUGGAGGCUAAGUUAGCCCGGUCCCCAACUGCCAUGACAGUGGAACUGGUUCGGAUAGCCUUCUCUGAGGACAGGCGCAGAAAGUCAUCCUAUGCUGGUCAGGUGAGAACGCGGAAUGGCAUCAGGGUACAAAAGCCAUCCCUGAAGAAGUACCGCAAGAUGAAGGACAUUCAGAGUAAGUUCUUGUCUUAUCUUUAUACUUUGUGUUAUGGAAUGCAGUCCCUUUCCUCAAAGUUAUAUUUCCUUCUAAAUUUUGUCAAAGAGAGAUUCCCUCAUUUUUCCCAGGCCCACUUCGGACAGGCAGUUAAUUCAUGCCUCGGUAAAAAUGUUGAUGCUAAACCCCAGAAAGAAUACGUUGAUGAGAGCGAUGAAGAAGGUGGACUGUGAGCAAAACAAGAUGUAUUUUAUAAACAUUUUUUAUUAAAAUGAGAUUGAGAACUUUACAUAA